CCCAUUCACCAACUACUAAGCGCCACUUGCCAUCGCCUACACACGCGUACAACGCAAACCACUACCGCCAAACGUGGCUGCUGCCUCUGCUGUCGCGGCUCCUGCAAGCACACGACCCAUACAACCACUCCACCUCGUCCCAAUUCCAAUUCCACCUUGAUUCAACUACAUACGAACAACGACACCUCGCCCGAUCGAUCCCACCGAACACUCUCCCCUCCCCUCCCCUCCGGCGACCCCUCCUCUCCCUGCCGCCACCAUGCCGUCGAUAUUGAGCGACGGCGAUAAGGAGACGGUCAAGCGCUUCGUCCCCAAGCAGACCAACAAGAUCCAGGCCGUAGCUGUUGCCAGGCUAUACGUUGCUUACCCCAACCCCGCGAGAUGGACACAAACAGGAAUCCAGGGCGCCAUCGUCCUGUCAAAUGAUCUCGUCGGCAACACAUACUGGCUCAAGAUGGUGGAUAUUUCAUCUGGAAACCGCGGUGUCAUCUGGGACCAGGAAAUAUUCGACACGUGGAGCUACAAUCAAGAUCGCACUUACUUCCACAGCUUUGAGAUUGAAGAAUGUCUCGCCGGCCUCUCCUUCACCGACGAGAAGGAAGCGAGGCAAUUCAAGAAGAAAAUGGACGAUAGAGAAAAGAACGCAAGCAGAGCCACGAGAUCGACACCAUUUGGAGGUGCCUCCCAGGCUGCCGCACACAAACAUGGUUUACUCGGAGGUCUCUUUGGUGGCCGACAUGCUGCAGCACCUACCCCUCCCGACUCCCCGCGGUCGAACCUGCCACAUGGCCGUAUGCCUCCUCUGAAUGGUGGCCAUAAAUCUUCAGAAUUCGCUGUUCUUGAUGCCUUCGACCCUCAAUGGCGGGAGAAUUUCGGCCAAGAUCUCCGAGACAAGGGACUGACGGAUGAGUUCAUCAAGGAGAACCAAGAGUUCAUUGUCGAAUUCUUGAAGGAGGAGCAAGAGAAACUAAUGGCUGGCGCUCGGAGUCAUGCUCCUCCUCCGCCUCCUCCGCCAGCUCCUCAUACAAAUGGUCUUGAACUUCGAAACGGAAGAGCGCCUCCUCCACCGCCUCCUCCAGGGGGAAGUCAUUCAGACGGCCCACGCCUACCACCGCCUCCGCCCGCACCCAGGCGCGGCGCAGCGCCGCCUGCACCCCCGCCUGUCAGGAGGUCAGGAAAAGCAGAGACGCCUGCUGUCAAUAGAGAACCGACACCCCCGAGCGAACCUCCAGCGCCAGAAGCAUCAAGAAGUCGAUUCGCUGUACCGCCUCCUCUACCAGAUGCCGGCAAACUCGCACAUGCUUUGGGAGGUUCAGUCAACGCCAUACGCGGUGGGCCAGCAAACCCUGGGCCCCCUCCUCCACCACGACCACCCAAAACGCCAAUGCAGGAGGAAGAAAGGCCUGCUGGUCACAAAUUCGGCGUACCGCCCGCAUUUCCCGGGGCAAGGCAGGGCCCACCACCUCCGAGUCGAGGACCUGUCCCGCCGCCGCCGCCCCCACGUUCGGAUGGCCCGCCACUUCCUCCGAAAGCUCCGGCGUCAGAGGCACCACCGUUGCCGCCCCCGUCUUCACGACCUGUGCCACCACCUCCCGCGCUUGGCAGUCCGCCUCUGCCUCCUCCGCCGCCGCCAUUGCCAUCAUCAAGCUCUCCUCCUCCGCCGCCUCUCCCAACAUCGAAUGCUCCCCCGCCGCCGCCAUUGCCCUCCUCCAAUGCACCUCCGGCUCCUCCUCUACCUCCGUUAAACAACGCGCCGCCUGCGCCCCCUCCGCCGCCGCCCGGAGCAGGGGCAACUCCCCCGCCGCCACCACCACCUCCGCCCCCGGGAGGCUUGGGCGGACCUCCUCCACCACCCCCUAUGCCCGACCGAGACUCUGGGUACUUAUCUGGUGUUACCGUUCCUCAACCGGACUCUUCGCGCUCGGCCGUCUUGGGAGAUAUUCAGAAGGCUGGUGGUAUCAGGGCGUUGAAGAAGGUGGACCGGAGUCAGAUCCGCGACAGAAGCAAUGCCACAGUUGGUGGCGGUAGUGACAGUGGUCCCCAUGGAAGCGGCCUGCCUCCAGCCGGCGUGGCACCUGGUGGUGGUGGGGACAUGGCCAACGCUCUCGCCGCUGCCCUCCAGAAGAGAAAGGAGAAAGUUAGCAGAAGUGACGAUGAGAGGAGCGACAACGACGAUUGGUGAGCGAUGUCUGCAUGAGGCUCGAGGGAAGAGUAUCAAGAAAGCCUUCGGGCCAUAUCAAACCGGUACCGCAAGUCGAGACCUAGGCUUCUCGGACGAGUUGAAGCAGUAUUACAUCAUAUUCGAUUCUCGGCUAUCCAGAGUGACAGAUACACAAUUAGGGAUUAUGCGGGCGGGUACGGUCAAAAAGCAUCACAGUUCUUCGGUUGGUCAAACCCAGGAUAUCAGAGAGAUGCUCGGCGUGUCCGCCGCAUCUGGAGACGGCAGUAGGGUAGAAAUAGGACAAUCUUGCUAUUAUAGCAAGCCCGCUGGCCGCAUGUAAGAAAUUGGAACCAAACAAAUUCAAAUGCGUUACGCCUUCUCCCUGUUAAGCAGGCUGCUCGUUCCAGUAGCUGCUC